UUAACUGUCAAGCUUGAAUCUGAAAACUUACAGAUCAGGUUUAUAACAAAUACUCUGCCCAUAUCACCUUUUGAGACAGAAGUGUUGUUCACUGCAAUCAUUUUAACAUUGCCAGUCGCUGCUCAGCUGGAUCCACCACACUACAUUGGUAUGAGUGUUGCUAGAAAGAGAUAUACAAAUUUAAAGAUACAUCAUUUGAACUGCAACCUAAAAACCAUAUUGAAUUGCAGCUGAACCUAUGUUUCUAGGAGAGGAAAUAUUUUAAGAGAGAUAAUUUCGACCAACACCCCAGAAUAAUAAGUGGCACCGUGUCAGAAAAUGGCUUCCAGGUCGUCUCUCCCAGUGGAGGAUCUCUCCUGUCCUGUGUGUUAUGACAUCUUCAAAGAUCCUGUCCUGCUGUCAUGUAGUCACAGCUUCUGCAAAGCCUGUCUGGAUUUAUGCUGGAAAGGGAAAGAAAAUAAAGAAUGUCCAGUUUGUCAGACGAUAUGUCCAGUGGAUCCUCACCCUAACCUGGCUCUAAAAAACCUGUGUGAGUCCUUCUUACGGAGCCAGAGAGAUCCAACACGUCAGAGCGCCGGGUCUGAAGCGCUGUGUAGUCUUCACAGUGAGAAACUCAAGCUCUUCUGUCUGGAGGAUGAACAGCCCAUCUGUUUGGUGUGUCGGGAUUCAAAGACUCAUAAACAUCAUAACUGCAUCCCUGUAGAUGAAGCCGUAAAAAUAUAUACGGAGGAAAUCUGGAAUGCCCAGAAGCCCUUACAGGAGAAGCUGAAGAUCUUUGAGGAUGUUAAACAAAUAUGGGACAAAUCAGCAAAGCACAUUAAGAACCAGGCCCAGCAAGCAGAGACUCAGAUUAAAGAGGACUUUGAGAAGCUUCGGCAGUUUCUACGAGAGGAAGAAGAGGUCAAAAUAGCUGCACUGAAUGAGGAAGAGAAGCAGAAGAGUCAAAUGAUGAAAAAUAAAGUUAAGGAGAUAAGCAAAGAGAUAUCUUCACUUUUAGGCAAAACCAGAUCCAUAGAGGAAGAGCUGAAAGCUGAAGACAUCAUAUUCCUGCAGAAUUUCAAGGCCACAAAGGAAAGAGCCCAGUGCACUCUGCCAGAUCCACAGGUGGGACCAGGUGAGUUGAUAGACAUGACCAAACACCUGAGCAACCUGCAGUUCAGAGUCUGGGAGAAGAUGCAAGGGAUUAUCAAACACACCCCUGUGAUUCUGGACCCCAACACUGCAAACGCCUGGCUCUCUCUGUCGGAUGAUCUGACCAGUGUGAGAAACACAGACAAGCAGCAACCCCCCAACAAUCCAGAGAGAUUCACAUAUCAUACGGUUGUUCUGGCCUCGGAAGGCUUCAGCACUGGAAGACCCAGCUGGGAGAUAGAGGUGGGGGACCAUCCUAGGUGGAGCCUGGGCGUGGCUAAAGAGUCCAUUGACAGGAAGGGGGAGGUAUUUGCGUCUCCAAAGUCCGGAAUCUGGGCUGUUAUGCAAAUGAGUGGUGAGUAUACAAAUGGAAUGAGUGAGACCCUGACUCUGAAGAGGAGACCCAACAGGAUCCAAGUGCAGCUGGACUACGAGAGGGGGACGGUGUCCUUCUAUGACUCUGAAGACAUGACUCUUAUCUACACCCACAAAGACACGUUUACUGAUAAGCUCUACCCAUAUUUCUGUAUUGGACCAGCUGGUGAUGCCAAAAACCCUGAUAUACAGAUCUGCCAAUCAGAGGUGUCACUGACAGUGAAGACAUCCCAGUUAAUCCAUAAGCCAGCAGGACACACUUCAUAUUUUUGGUCACUUUGGGGUGGUAAAGUCUAGUCAUAAUUGUGAUUGAGGUCCAUGUCAGAGGAUUAUGUUUUAGCUUUAUACUCGGGUAUCAGUGAAAAGUAAAUUAUAAAUUACAUUAAUAAGUUAAAAUAAAUUUAUAUUUCACAGUAAUGCCUAUUUCAUAUUGUGGGGUUUGGUGUGAUUUCCUCUAUCAGAGAAAAGUGUUAUAAUUACUUGUUCCAACAAGAUACCUUAAUCAAGCUUCGUACAUGUUUUACAAGGGGAUCAAGGUUUAUCCGAUUAUUAUAUUUCAGUUUUGUAUUUUUAAUACAUAAAUGUUUCUGUCAGACAUUUUUUGGUUCAAGGAGGCUUAACAUUAAUUGAACACUAGCAUAUGGUUUGAUUUUCAAGUGUGCAUACCUCACAGUUUGUACAUUUAUUUCAACUGGUUUCCGACCUUCCGAAGGUUUG